AUGUCUCUUCUCCGCCCGACAUGCGCCUCACUCGCGCGCCGCCUCUGUGCUACACAACCUCACCCUCGACAAGCAUCAACAUCUCCGCUACUGGCUCUCGUUCAGCGACACCGGGAAUCACGACCACAAUGUCGCUUCUUUGCCUGUACGUCGCAUUACCGCGCCAGAGUCAUCGAUACACCACAGAACCCCGCCAUCCCACAAUCCCGCAAGCGCACCGUACGCAUAGGACCACUGCCUGAAGGACCAGUCAGCGAAGCAACCAUACACCGCAUCUUUGGCCGCAAGCUGUCACCGCAAGACGGCAAUAAUGUCCUGCGCAUAUUGCACCACCGGCGCACCGCAGGCUCCCUGGCCGACUACGGCGUAGACAAUCUGGGCAAGCAAUAUACCCACGUGAGCCGUGAAACCGCACUCAAAGGGCUAGAAUGGCUGCGAGCGAAAUAUCCAAUAGACGAAGCGCGAGCAGCAGAAGAAUGGGCUGAGAAAGAAGCCAAUCGCAUAGCCUACGAGCUAUGGCUCGCUGACCCCGAAACCGAGUCCAAGUACAAAGACCCCGCGCGCGCCUUUCGUGAACAAAUGGAGAAGGAAGAGCAAGAACGUAUACGUCAGGAGGCCGAGAACCAAAAGAUUGGCAUUCUUCACGCAGGCAAGAGUCAGUUUGAGCUCAACAUCGAGGAAAAGCGGCGGGCACGUUUAGAAGAGAUUGCGCGCAAAGCAGAGGAGAAGGAGCAGAAGGAGAGGGAGAUGGAAGAGAAACUCGCAAGCGGAGAAUGGGUGCGCACACCAACUGGCACGCAACUUAUGAAGCCCGGCCAAACAACUUAUAUCGACGUCUUUGGCCGCGAGCAAGUCAGCCGCCGCAAGGAGGAAAUGGAAAAGUACAACAAAGCAGCUCAAGUAACGGACGCAAAGACACCAGAGGAGCUUCUGGCACAAACAACACUCUCCGAACGUCUCACCCCAAUGACCAUUUUCGUCCUCAUCACCCUCGCGCUCUCCUGGGCCUUCGCACACUAUUACACGCCCCCCUCGCCCUCCUACCGCCUCUUCCCGGACCUCUCCCCUACAACUGCCACCAUCGGCGCCCUCGUAGUCGCAAACUGCGUCGUCGCCAUAGGCUGGCGCAUCAUGCCCUUAUGGCCCUUAAUGACCCGCUACUUCAUGCACGUCCCGGGUUACCCGCGCGCCAUCCAGAGCGUCACCAACGUCUUCAGCCACAUCCAAUACGAGCAUCUCCUCGCCAACAUGAUGAUGCUGUGUCUCGUCGGCCCCGUGUGCUGUGAUCUCGUCGGUAGGGGUGUCUUCAUGGGCACGUAUAUGAGUGCGGGCGCGCUCGGGACUCUGGCUUCCUUGUACUGGGCGAAUCUCGGCCGGGGCAAUAUCACGGCGCAUUCUGUAGGCGCGUCCGCGGCGAUUUGGGGUAUCUCGGCGUUGUAUUGCCUACUUACUGACCAGGAGAAGAUCAGGAUUCCCCUAUUGAAGGAUCAGGAGGUAGCGUUUUGGCCCAAGAUGUUGUUCGCGGCGUUCGUGGUGCUGGAGAUUCAUUCGGCGAUGCGGAAGAAGACGACGAUGGAUCAUGCGAGUCAUUUUGGGGGGAUGGCCGUGGGGAUGGCGACGGCGGGGUAUUUGAGAGCGACGGGCUUCCGUGAGAGGAGGGUUGCGGUGGGCGCGGAGCAGCAGGGUGUUCAGGCUUGGGCUGGGACGCCCGAGAAGGUGGUGGAUGUCGGGGCUAUUGCUAGGGAGGGGAUGAAGGAGGUUAAGCAGAGUUUUGGGGGUAGUGGGAAGUAA